AUAUAUUUUACAUAGUUUGAUUUGUCACCUCAGUCUGUUAACAUUGAAAGAAUUCGUUCGCUUUCGGUUCUCCGUCCAUUCCCGUGAUAAUAAUCGUUUCGUCACCUCGAUCGUCUGUGAUUUAUAUAUAUAUAUUUUUUUUGAAUAGUAACCCGUCGGAAUUCGCUCACGAAGCGGUUCAAAAUGCAUUAAUUGUCGGUUCUCAAUAGUGGCUUAAAAUAAGCGAAAACGGAGAAACUGAAUGGUUGGAUGACCAGCAAUAGCAGCAGCAGCAGCUGUGGGCAACAGUGAAAAUUCCCCAAGUACUGCAAAAUAUUCGCAUGUUACUGUGAGGCUGAGAAGCUUCGGGACCGCAGGAAAGGGUGAAAAUAAUCACGGUACGCUUUUGUUAGAAGGCAGACGUCAGUGAAAUUAUCAGCGGUUCGUUGGUGAAGUUGGAAAGUGAGGUGACAAACAAGUCCUCUGUGUGUUGUGUGGCAAAAAUUAAUGGAUGAAAUUGGUGAUUGCUAGCGUAUUGAGAGCGUACACUUCGAGGAAGCAGUGCUGGUGUAGUUCUUGUGGUUAAGCAGGAGGGCACCUGCAUCCGGAAGGCUCGCAAGGUGCGUCGCAGCGCAAAAUGUGGAGUCCUACCCAUAUUCAAGUCACUGUGCAACGGGCGAAAAAUCUCCUAAUCAAAGGCAAGCAUGGGACCAACAAUUGCUUCGUCAUCAUCGCACUUGGCAAGGAAAAGUAUCAGACCUCGAUCAAGGAGAAAGCGCCGGAUGCGGUCGAGUGGCACGAGGAAUGUGAACUCCAAAUCCCAUCGCAGGGCAACCGAGCGGAACUGGUGCUGACGGCCCUCCAUCACAACACGCUCGGUAUCGAUGAGUUCUUGGGUCAGGUUUCGCUUCCGCUGAACGAGAUGGAUGUGUACGAGCGUCCCCGAUCGCGAUGGUUCAAGCUCCAGAGCAAACCUGGCAAGGAGAAGAAGAAAGAACGGGGUGAGUUGGAGGUGCGGGUAGCGUUCACAGUGAAGGCAGGGUCACUCACGGACCUCAGCAAGAAGGAAAAGAAUAAAAGUUCGAUCAGCAAUCUGGCAACCAGCGUGGGCGGUUCGUUGCUGAGUAUUGGUGCUAUCGAGAAACGGAAGGGAUUGAAAAAAUUUGCAAAAUCAUUGGGAUCAAGGGUUCACAUCAACGGUCUCGGCAAGAAAAAGAAGAAGAACAAGGAUGGUGAUGGCGAAGGAGACGAUGACACUUCGUUUGCUGGGAGUUACUCGAGCAUCGGGACGCCGAGUGGGUUACAAUCGAGACAAUCCAGGCAAACGUUCGGAGAUGCGGAUCCGGGUGUAAUCAGCGAAGACGAGGACGAGUUCGUGUUCGAUAAUCUGUCGCAUAAAAGCUCCGGGAGCUCGUUGAACAUCAGAGCCCAGAAUGGCUCGAAUCAUAUACUGCCAAAAUCUGCAACACAGUCAACUGCUUCAACGCCGGAUGAGACGAGAAAGCUAAAGUCGAUAACGCUUCCACCAUCGAAACCACCAAGGCUGCUCUCGGAAUCGGAAAUGGAAGGGGCUAAUCCCUCGCCAAAGGUGGACGAAUGGGAGCAAAAAUUGUACGGAAAGCAUCUCGAAAUUGGAAGCACAGAUUCGUUGAAGCGGCGCUCAUGGGAGAGCUCUCGGGUACCCGGAGUGCUAUCGGUACAGCAGGAAGAGGACGAAGAACAGACACCACAGAAGCAAUCUUCGCAGGAAGUGAUUGUUCUUCCUGCAGCUGUGUCCGUCACAGCACCAACAUCCCCACUGCUAGCGGAUAAAACUCACAAAGAAGACAGUCACGCUAAACCAAAACCACUUCCGCGCGCUGGUUCGCAGGAUAUCGGCAAGGCGAACGACAAACUGAUCAUGGAUGGAUCACCGACUGCCACAAGCAACAGCGUCAGCAGCAGUCGAAAGUCAAUCAAUCAACCGUCGCCAAAGCUAGAGAAGGACAGUACCUCGUUCGCUAAGAAGCUGAAGCAUUUCAUCAAAGACCAUCGAGCGGAAUCGAUGGAGAACCUUUCCAGUGGCGGUAAGAAGCAUCUUAACGGUAUCAAACAGCAGCAGCAGCCGCAAUUCAGCCACGAGCGAAUCAUCAUCGGGGGUGAGAAUGGUUCUCCCGGGACGGGUGAUAUCCUUCCGAAGAUGGCGAGGCAGAGCAAGCUGGUGACUGAGGUUUCGCCGGAAAUCGCGGCCAAGUACGAGGGCAAAACGCGCGAGGAUAUGAUGAAAAUCGCCCACAAUCUCGAGAAUGAGGUCCACUAUCAGAAGCAGAAAGUGAAAGAGCUGGAAGAUUAUCUCGACAGUCUGCUGCUGAAGGUGAUGGAGUGUCAUCCGAGGAUACUACAGAAUCCUUACCAAAAGGGGAACCCUACGAAGAGUGGAUGAUUUGCCCUUCUUCCUUACAGCGGCUUUAGCAAGCAAUUGAUGGGAUGCAUCUAUCUUUAGCGCAUAGCGAAACUAAUAACGCCCACUAACAACAGAACUGACCCGAUUACUAAAUGUGAAGCAAACCAAAAUUGCGAACGGUAAGCAUAUUAACUCAAUAAUCCACUCUACUGUUUAAUCCCUGAAGAGAAUUCUCCAUUAAACUAACAAUCAUACCAAUCCAAACUAAAAAAAAAAACGAAAGCAAAAGACAACAACCAUUUUAGGAAAAUUAUUCCACCAAAACCGAGUAGAGAGCAGAUUCUAAAUAAGCAUCGUGUGCAUUUCGAAUGCUCAACAAAUUAUUGCGAAAGGAUAUUGAUUUUUAUUAGCUCGUGAUCUACCUUUUUAUAUUAUGAUGAUGUUUAUAGCAAUACACAUACACACCCAGCAAGUACGCAUUUUAUUAACCGAACUAUUCUCGGAUCGAAAAUUUAAACCAUUGUCAGCUCGUGUGUCCUUUCAGCAGCUGGAGCUGGAGAUGUUAAAUUUGUACCUUAAGAUUAUAUAAAAUUAUUAUUUUUCUUCUUUUUAUUUAAAUCGAAACGGACACAGAAAAGCGUAAGGAAAGCCUUAAAAAGACAUAUUUAUGGAAGAAGAAAUGUAUAAUAAAUAAUUUAAUGAAUAUACUGUUGACAAUUCACGAUCGAAUUGAAGAGAAAGAGAUCCAGAGAGCAUAUUCGGAAGAAGACAGUCGGAAAUAAACAUAUAUUUUGCAUUAA